GAACGGGGAGCGUCUACAGAACUUACGUGGGGUUAUUUAUAGGCAAUUAGUUCGCGGACAAGUUUCUGGUGGCCUUUCGGGGCUCAUCUCGUGAAGUCCUUCACGAAGAUUCUACCUCGAUAGAACUUAGCUGACGACAGCAAUGGUAAUCGCAGCAUCCUUCUUAACACUCUACUAGAUUUCCUAAAUCAUGCGAAUUUAACACAUCUUUAAUCUUUUCAUCCAACAUCAUGUCAGUACGCCAAAUGCAAGCAAAGCCGACAAGCGAUGUUGGGCUAAAUCCUAAGUCUCCACCAUCUAAAUCAGUGGACGAUCAACAAAAUCCAUGGGAUUUGAAUCAUAAAGACAAGAACAAGGAUAAACAGAUUGUACCCAGAAAUUAUCCUGUAACUCACGUUGGCACGAGUCACCGUGAGAACGAAACCUCGAGCGUCGUUUCUAGGAAGGCCACCGAAGUUACUCCUAUAACGCCUGCGCAACCUACCUCUGCCCCGCGGAAGGUUCCUUCGAAACGAAAAGUUAAUGGCGUUUGGGACUCACCCCAUGCCACCGAUCUUACUGUUCAUCUAGCGUUGUCGGCAGAGGAAGAUCUUGACGAAAUCCUUGAAGAGUUUGCCCGUCUCCAAAGACUUGGUCACUUCAUCUCUGCUAAACAAUUAUUUGCGGAACAUCUCCGUGAGCACAUGGAAAGGCCGCAGGUCCUUAUUGAAUAUAUAGAAAUGUUACUCGAGCAAGGUGAUUAUAUCACUCUAUCUGAGAUAGAUGAUGGCACCAUACGUCAUGCGUGCGAUAAACUCGUCAAUAGCGAGGACAGAAUAUUACUUACGAUAUAUUGGAAAUUGGUAAAGGUAAUCUCUGCUCACUACAAACCAGAUAGACCUGGUGUUUUCUCGACAAAACGGGAAGUUAUUGAUGGAGCCAUCGACGACUUUUACGCCGUGAUUACCGCCAGUGAAAGAAAUAUAACUUCAACUGAGAUCAAAAUGCUUGCUCUGUUUUAUCGCCUGUGUGAUUUCAUAGACGAUUCUGCAAUGCCAAAACGCCUCCAAGAAAAGUUUCCCUCAAAGUUUCACGAAGAGUUAUACAGCCUUCUCCUAAGAGAAGGCCGCAUAUGGGAUUUUCGUGACAUUGCCGUAGCAAACGUAUCUAUCAGUUUUUGGAGCAACACGAGCUUAGUUGAAGACUGGUCGAAAAUGACAACGGAUACAUCGACAACCCUUGCACUUCUCGAUAUUCUUGUAUCCCACAUAGUUUACGAACUUGAAUUCUCAGCAGGAUCUGAAGAUGACAUUGAAAAUAUGCUGAGGAAAACUGAGCCACUUGCACUUUCGAUUAUAGAAAACGACCCCGACAAGAUGAGAAGUCGACCAUUUAUAAGGUGGAUGUUGGCAAAGGCCCAAUUCGCUGAUGUGAAAGGGCCGCACCACGCUCGCUCUUAUGGGGAGCAACUUAAGGCAUGGCCAGGUCUGGUGUUCCAUUCGAGAAGACUUCAGUUACCUCAGUACAUUCCUGUACACGGCGAGAAUCCGGGAUGGAAGGUGGAUGAUGCGGCGCCCAGGUUUGAACGCCCCAUCAGGAUGGCAAUGAACAUCUCAAGAGAACUUGGUGAUUAUCAAACCGAGGUUAUAGCCUUACAGAGACUGAUCGUGUUAUCCGCCAACCCAAAUAAGGAAUUCGAAGAACUUUGUAACCUACAAAGGAUAACCCAAGGGGAUGUCUGCGGUUAUUCGAAAACGUUGACAUCGAGAUAUUUGAUAUCCGAUACGGAGGACUUGAAGCAAGAUCUGAAGCAGAAAAUUUCUGGACUUUUCGACAUCACCAACUUUUCGGAUAGUAUAUCAAUGUUGGACUCUUGGAUCCUCAAUAUGCUUCAGUACUCUCUAGAACGCGAGGGACCGGCGGCCGAGCGAGCCUUAGAAGGAGCUGGAGAGGAUUAUCAAGAUCUCCCAUGGGCAUUCAGAGUAGAAAUCGACAAGAAGUUUCAAACCACUGUUGGACGAACAACGAACCGCCAAUCAUCGUCCAGGCUCGAAUCGCGGUUUAAAAGGAAUAGGAAUCCUGAUACGAGAGAAACUUCUGAGGGUGUGGGCUCGAGCGAGAAAGGAAAACAACCAGCGAUCGGAAGAAAAGACGUCUUGAACCGACAGAAAGACGGGGAAAGCAUGGAACCAGCUAAACAACAUCCCAACCCCCGAGUUCGGAUUUCUCAAUCGCCGGAGGAGGAUGAAUGGACUGACGAUUCUUUAGAAGCUGAGCAAAUUCUUCAGGGGACCAAAAACUAUGCUCGAGAAGAGAAAAAAGUAGAGGUGCCAACGGCAACUUCCCAGAAAGACUGGCACUUGGUAAAACUUCCUUCCCAACCUCGACAAGGUGGUCCAGGAUUGGCCUCGGAUGAAUCAUCCACACCGACAUCACGCGCCGCCCCUAGUAUUUUUGAUCAAUCUGAGACCAGUUCCGGGACAGCGUCAUCAAGCAACGACCCAAUAAAGCCAACUAAUCCCAUAAACCGAAGUGAACAUCGACCGAGCGUUAUGCCCGGCGAGAAUGAUGAAGGCGUAAAUUUACAUACUCUAAGUAAAUCAGAGUUAAUAGAGUAUCUUCGAUAUAAACACCCACACCCGCGGGUGCAGCGACCUGCCCCGAAGAUUGCGCGGAAAUCGAUUUUAAUAAAUGGGCGUACUCCGAACACGGACGGUUCUACUAGUAGAAGCGAGGAACGCCCGCACAGGCGAGGGCCAGUGUCAUUUCUUGAAGAUGAAAUAGAUUACCCCCCGGUCGAUAUCUCAGAUGAUAAGAAGCUCAAGAUAGGGGACGGAGGAUAUAAAGAACAUGAGCUGGCCACCGUUAAUGAGACCGAAGACAUAAACCUAGGAUCCCAGGACCAGAACCGGCCCGCUGGUAACGAAAAAUCAAAUCAGAAGGGGAAGGAAACUCGGACUCAAAACAUCAUUGCGAAUAUCAAACAAGUGGGUGAAGUACGCACUCAUGAGAACGACGAGAAUCUUCAACGGCCUGAAGUGAAUCCAACAUCCCCGGCGGCUCCAAGUGAAUCUAAGACAGACCCGGUAGUGGCAACUGUUGAGAGCACGGAGGAUCUUGGAGAGAAUGUAGAGGAACCUAUAGCGCGAACUGCUGAGGAUGUAAAUGAGGUUGAUUAAUUUAUACGCCGUUGGAAGGAUUGGAUCUUUUCAAGUUAAUUAAAUCUAGCGAAACCUGUAUUUUUGUAUAAUUAUUGUAUAUUCAAUCUUUAGCACUUAUCAAAUCAAUUUGAGAUUUGAACCUUCUAGAUUUGUUUGUUAAUGAAUAGUAGUAACAUUAAAGGUAAU